AUGUCUAGGAAACAUCUGGAAGAACGACAAGGAAGCAAAUAUGAUUUACUCAGUAGAAUGAAGACAGCUGUUGAACAGAAGAAUUCAGAUUUGGUCACCGAAAUCUGCAAGCACUGUUCGGAAACUGAAGCUUUGUCAUUUCUACGGCUAUUUGACAAUGCGAUUGUUGAUGAAAUGGAAACAAUGGUAUCGGCUCUCUUUACAAUAACAAGAAGAGCCUUGCCAGUUCUUACCGAUAGAAUUGAAAAAAUCAUUCACCGUUUUAUUUGUUAUGGUCAGAGUCAGUUUGUUCGAAAAGCUGCACUGUGUGCUUUGCAGGAAAUGAAGACUGGAACAGUUUGGAAAGAUUAUUUUAUUUUGAUGGAUGUUCUGCAGGAAUCACAGUUUCACUUGGUGGAGCCAGUUCUUCCCAUUUUCAACCGUAUACUAUGCAGAUGUGAAGCCACCAUGGAAAAUGAUAAUAGCUUGCCUUGGUUUUGGGUACAGCUGCUGUUUGUGAGAGCCUUAGAUCAUCCGAAUGGAUGGAUACGAGUUUGGGCUGCUCAAAAGGUAUUUUCUAUCGAUGCAGCAUUGCUAAAGACAGAUUAUUCAAUCAUUUUAUCAAGCCUACUGGCUGCUCUUGGUAGCAGUAAUAUUUAUUGGCGUCUUAUUGAAGAUGCAAAACUAAACAAUUUUAUCCAAGAUUUUGGGUCUUUCCUAGAACGUAUUGCUUCUGCUGGUUCGGGAGACGAUGAAAAGAAUUUCUUCAAAACAUUCGUGCUACUGCUAUCGGUGCACGUGUCCAGCUCUACGUCACUAUUUUUCGUUUCCUGUUCAUUGCAGUUUUGCACGCCGGCACCGAUAUACAGUAAUUGUUUGACAUUGUGCAGACCGGUAUUGAGUGCAGUUGCUCGCAUGCCGUACCUUCCACUUAGAAUUUGUACUACAGCAAAUUUUUUGAAAUUUUUCUUCAAGUUGGCUGACAGGAACUGGCAUGAAGCGUAUUGUUUCGCGUCGUUAUUAUCAGAGCUACCGGAAAAUAAAUAUGGGUUUUUAUUACAAGAAUUUUUUUACAAUACAACUUUUACUGAAACAUUAACGAAAAAUAUGAUGGAACAACUCGAAGAUUUACAACGCUCAUACGUAUCAUGCUGUUUUGGACGGAGCAAUUGGCUUGCUCAUGCAAUUUAUACAUGGAAGAUAGCAUUGGAUCAUGGACGGGCUUACAAAUUGGCCAUGGGAGUUUUAUGCUCAUUGUCAGCAGUUGAUUCAUAUUCUGUUCACGACUUCAAAACUGUGGAUGUUAUGUUGCAGCUCUAUACUGUAAUUUUGGAUGACAAACUUUUUGAAAAUGAAGAUUCUCAGUACCUCAAAUAUGGUCUUGUCGCAUAUUUAGAUACACGCCUUUUCGCUGAUAUGAAUGAGGUCUUUGAUUCUAAACGUUUUAAUAAUUUGCAUAAAAAAUUGCUCACAAUGAUGCACGGUAUGAAUUUUGAACAGUGGCUGAUGCGUUCGAUGAUGCUUUGUAAUAAAACCACCUCGCCAUCGAGACGUGCAGAACUGUCUUCAGUCGCAGUAGUUUUGAUCUCGAAAUAUACCAAUAUAUCUCAAAUGGCUUGGAAUGCUAUACUCAGUUUUCUGUUGUCGGAAGAAAAUGUUUCUGGAAUAAGUAAUGUAAGUAGAAUGGAUAUGCUUGGAGAAACCAUCGCACAGAAUAAAUCCGUAUUGUGGCGAAAUUUUAUAGCUGAUCACUCUUUUGACUCUAUAUCCAUAUUCAAGCUUUGCAUCAACUCGUUGAAAAUAUUCUUCAGUUGGGAUUGUCGCCGUGCUUUUCUGGAUUUGUUGCUAACUGUGCUAAGAAAAGUGCCAAUCAGCUGGAUGAUUGAACAAAGCAUUGAAGUGGUGUUGGCAGUUGCCAAUGAGGAAAAAAAGACACUUAACUAUAUUUCUGUGAUCAGUGAUGUUUUAGCAAUUUGCACAUUGGAAUGCACUUUGCGUACACAGGGAGUUGACAAAAUUGCACUGGAAACUGUUGAGAAAUUGUGUGGUGAAAGUGAGCAGAACGUACAAAUUGCAGUAGUACUGUCAGACGCAUUUUAUCAAGCUAAAGAAUUCCUGUGUAUCGCUUGGUUUCCACUUUUAAUUAAAAUGUGUGCCUUUGGACCAGUUUGUAAAAAAGACACUGCAGUACUUAAUUUAGCUGUUCAAAUGGCUUAUGCGAUGGAGAAAUCACUACCGACUGCCAAUUAUGAGAAACUACAUGAAUGUGCUCAAUAUUCCCGACUUCGUGCUUUACAAACGGUUUCUUGGAUUUCCAAAAAUCGCUGUGGUUCCGCAGACAAGUUUAUUCAGGAGACUUUUGUCAUGAUGGAAACUCUUGAUGCUUCGAAGAAUAAAUCUUUCGGAAUGUCAUUGGCUCAUCGAAAGAAAACACGCCUGUCGCAGUUACUAUUGCUUAUCUACAGUUUCGCAAGCAGGGAAAUUUUGGAAAAAUUGGAAUUGUUUUGCAUAAAAUGCUUAAAAGAACCUGUGCAACAACCAUCUAUUAGACUUCUCGUGAGCUGGAUACUUGUGAGACUGUAUUGCAACAACGAAGAUGCAUUUCAGAAAUUCAUUGGCAUUGAAAAAGAACUUGCUGCUGCUAGAAUCGGAAGUAUUAGUUCAUGGAUUGCAAUAUUACUGCACGUCACGAAGAUCAACCGAACAGACGCUGCAUUUACUCAAUGCUUUACAUUAUUUCACCCGUGGUGUACUGCACAAAAUUUUACCGUCCGCUGUACUUCAUUGGCAGCUCUCAAAUUGCUUUGGAAUAUUGUUGGAAACAAACUGCGUGAUCAGUUUCAUUAUUUACGUUGUAUUAUCGAAUUUGAUGCCGAAAAAGCAGGAAACACGAAACGUAUAAUUGACAGAUUAUGCAAUGAUUUCUAUUUUGCUUAUUUGGAUGAGAAUGUUGACUAUUCUUUGGAGACAGUUUUAACAAUUCUUCCGGAAAAAGUAGGACUCACGGCACAGGAUGCUAUAAUGUCUCAUCUUUUAAAAUGCAUCUCGAUGGAUGACUUUGCUUGUGUACACAGGGAUUCAGACAAUUUGAAUCAGUAUCCGUCCUUCGUUUUUGGUCAAACUCAGGUACAACGACAUCAGCAGAUUCGCGAACCUGAUGGUCUUUCGGAUAUAUCGGUCAUUCAGCGGAAGUUUAACGCGGUCAGUGUAAAUCGAGCGUUGCUCGAAGGUGUAUCUCUCAUUGUGGUUGCCUCUCUUCUGGAUAAAGCUGCAAAUUUAGGAGGUAUUUGUCGUACGUGUGAAGUAUUGGGAGUCGAAAAGUUGAUUGUCGCAGAUCUUGCGAAAAUAAAGGAUCGAGACUUUAUGGCGCUUAGCUUGUCGUCAGAGAACUGGAUGAAUUUGGAAGAGUCACGCCCGGAAGAGUUGCCGAACCUUUUACUGUCGUUCCGUAACUCUGGCUAUGUGAUUAUUGGUGCUGAACAAACUACAAAUAGUACACCAUUGCAUAAAAUUCGUUUUCCGUCAAAAAUGGUUCUGUUGCUUGGGAACGAAAAGGAAGGAAUACCUAUGCAUUUGCUAGGCUAUCUCGAUAAAACUGUUGAGGUUCUACAAAUUGGCCAUACCAGAAGCUUAAAUGUACAUGUCACCGGAGCUCUGCUUAUUUAUCGUUUUUUUGAGGAGUUCAUUGCGACGAAAACAUAA